AUGCUUUCCUUCCAGCAAGUCAUUAACCACACUCAAAACUCUUUGAGCAACAUGCCUCCGGGCUACUUGCCCAAAUGGCUUCUGUUCAUCUCUGUCGUGUCCGUAUUCAACUCAAUUCAGACCUACAUUUCUGGCCUAGAGCUCACUCGCAAAGUGUACGAGCGUAAGCCUCAAGAAACCACCAAGCUCAGUGCUAGAACGUUUGGAACUUGGACUUUUGUCAGCAGUGUGAUUCGUUUGUAUGGUGCGUUGUACUUGAAUGAAGAACACAUCUACCAAUUGGUGUGUAUCUCUUACUUGGUCGCAUUGGCCCAUUUUGGCAGCGAAUUGUUGGUAUUCCGUACCUGCAAGAUCGGCAAGGGCUUCAUGGGACCCUUGCUGGUGUCUACAACCUCUUUGGCUUGGAUGUACACGCAAAAAGAGUUUUACACCGGCAAAGCCUGGUAA